CAAAAUUCUCAUCCUUACUUUUUUGUUUACAUCUUCUCACGCCUUGUCAAUUAUCGUUCUCAUCCCUUCUGAACAGCCACUGAACCCAUCACGGGCAUCUGAGCACAACCACCACAAUGUCCACCACUUCCCACCGGUCCAAUUUCCCUACCAAGCCGGCCGCAAACCAAGACGCCAUCAUUGGCGGCGGUGACACGAAAUACCGCUUCACAGUCCUCACACCCGGCCUGCUACGCUAUGAAUGGGCACCCGACUCUCACUUCGAAGACCGCGCCAGCGUCUUCGCCAUCAAUCGCUGCCUCCCUGUCCCGUCUUUCCGCACUGUUACCAAGAAUGGGAUCCUCGAGAUAAUGACAGAUAAUUUUCAUCUCACUUACGGUGAAGGGGAAGAUUUCAGCGCGUCGAGUCUGAGUGCUGGGGUCAAAGGGACAUUCAGUUGUCACAGUUCAGUCUGGAGGUAUGGCGAGGAGUGUGGCAAUCUUGGUGGUACGGCGAGGACGCUCGACUGUGCGGAUGGGAGGAUUGAGUUGGGGCCGGGGGUGGUGAGUAAGAAUGGGUUUACGACGAUUGAUGACUCGAAAAGUAUGCUAUUUGAUGCUGAUGGUUUCGUGGCUACUCGUCAUCCCGGGGAGGGAAGGGUUGACGGGUAUCUGUUUGCGUAUGGACAUGAUUAUGCCGGUGCUGUGAAGGCACUUUACGCACUCUCUGGAAAUCAACCACUACUGCCAAGAUGGGCCCUGGGAAAUUGGUGGUCGAGAUACUAUGCAUAUAGUGAUGAGGAGUAUCUGGAGCUGAUGGAUCGGUUUGAGAAGGAGAAAAUCCCGUUUAGUGUUGCGGUGCUGGAUAUGGAUUGGCAUGUGGUGGAUGAUCCGAAGGUAAAGGCGAGUGGCAAGACGGGUUGGACAGGUUAUACAUGGAACAAAGACCUGUUCCCGGACCCAGAAAAAUUCUUGAAAGAGUUACACCAGAGGAAAUUGAGAGUGAGUCUCAAUGAUCAUCCUGCGGAUGGAGUGCAGAAUUACGAGGAUCUGUAUCCGGCGAUGGCGGAAGCGUUAGCUCAUUCAACCGAGCACAGCGAUCCGAUACAUUUCGACAUCACAGACCGGGACUUCCUGAAUGCGUUCUUUGACGUUCUUCAUAGACCGCUCGAGGAUCAGGGCGUCGAUUUCUGGUGGAUUGACUGGCAGCAAGGCUCACAUUCACGCAUCCCUGGCAUCGAUCCGCUCUGGGUGCUCAACCAUUUCCACUUCGUGGAUAGCAAGCUGCAUCACAAACGGCCCCUGACUUUUAGUCGAUAUGCUGGUCCAGGUUCUCAUCGCUAUCCGGUUGGCUUCUCGGGCGAUACAAUCGUGACAUGGGAUUCGCUUGCUUUCCAGCCAGAAUUUACUGCUACUGCUAGCAAUAUCGGAUACGGAUGGUGGAGUCAUGAUAUCGGCGGUCAUAUGUUCGGCGGAAAAGACGAUGAGUUGAGUACAAGAUGGCUGCAACUUGGCUGCUUUAGCCCGAUCUUGAGAUUGCAUUCAUCCAACAGCCAAUGGACGAGGAAAGAACCGUGGACAUAUGGCCCCGAAGCUGAAAAGGCCAUGACGGCAUUUCUGAGGCUCAGGCAUAGGCUACUGCCAUACUUGCACACGAUGAAUGCCAGGAGUGCGAUAGAAGGGAUGCCGUUGGUGAGACCGAUGUAUUGGGCGUAUCCAGAACACGAGGAAGCUUACGAGGUCCCGAAUCAGUACUUGUUUGGUCUAUCUGGUUCCGGGCUCCUUGUUACCCCGAUUACUGCACCUCAGGAUCCAAAACUCAGGUUGGCAAAGACGAAGGGCUGGCUACCACCUGGGCGAUAUGUGGAUAUCUUCACUGGUGCCGUGUACAAUGGAGAUCGAAGUCUCUGGAUAUCUCGGAAGCUAGAAGAUUAUCCGGUCUUUGCGAAGGAAGGCUCUAUUAUUCCUUUAGACGCUGCUACAGAGCCGGGAAAUGGGGAGGCGAACCCGGACAGCAUUGAAGUUCUCAUCGUCGUUGGUGCAGAUGGAGCUUUCGAGUUGCUUGAAGAUGACGGUAGUGGAAGUUCGGCAGAGGAAGUCAAAUGGACCAGAACGCCUAUCAAGUACUCGCAAGCCGAUGGGACUGUGACGAUCGGCCCAAGCACGGGUAAUGUUGUACAGGCUCGAGAAUGGAGUAUAAGAUUCUUGGCACUCGGCGAAGUAAAAGAGAUAACCGUUUCGGUUAGCUCAGAAAAGAGGAUUGCUCAGCAGGAGAGAUCAAAGAAUGGAAUUGUGGUGCAAGUUGGCGGAGUGGGGCCAGCUUCCAAAGCAACUAUCUCGCUGGGCCCGAACCCAGUGCUCUGUGAAAAUGACCUGGAAGCUUUUAUCCGACCGAUUCUUGCUGACGCUCAGAUCCAGUUCAGGUUGAAGGAACAGAUAUGGCAGAUUGUGGCAGCAAAAGUCCCAGCCACGCGCAAAGUGAGCAGUCUACUUGCGCUAGAGGGGGUGGAAGAGAACUUGCGGGAGGCGAUACUGGAGUAUUUGCUUUCAGAAUGAACGGCACAGAGAGGCCCUGUCGGGGCAUAUAUGAGUGGCUGACUUGCACCCGAAUGAGACGGCCAGAUGAUUGAAUAGCAAUACCUAGACUUGGAGGUUUUUACCCUUUUCGUUCCUAAUACAACGUUCGAUCAAAGCAGG